AUGGCCGCGAAGUCGGAUGGAGCGGUGGCCGCGGCCGGCCCGGGGCCGGAGGGGGCGGCCGGAGGAGCUCGGGGCGGUGCGGGUGGGCGCGGGGAGGCGGCGGCGGCAGCCGGGGACCCCGGGGUAACCGGGGCGGGAGGCCCGGGGCCGCGCUACGAGCUGCGGGACUGCUGCUGGGUGCUGUGCGCGCUGCUCGUGUUCUUCUCCGACGGCGCCACGGACCUGUGGCUGGCGGCCUCCUACUACCUGCAGGGUCAGCGCACCUACUUCGGCCUCACGUUGCUGUUUGUGAUCCUGCCCUCGCUUGUCGUACAACUGCUCAGCUUCCGCUGGUUCGUCUACGACUACACGGAGACCGCUGGGGCCCCGGGACCCGCAGUCAGCACCAAGGGCAGCGGCGCCGGCGGGCCGGUCAUCAGCACCAAGGACAGCGCCGUCGCCUUGCGUACCAAAGAAGGCAGCCCCGAUCUGGGCCCUCGACCUGAGCCCUCCUCGGCCAGCGCCUACCGCCGCCGCUGCCGCCGCCUCUGCGUCUGGCUACUGCAGACCCUCGUCCACGUCCUGCAGCUCGGCCAGGUCUGGAGGUACCUGCGCACCAUGUACCUAGGGCUGCAGAGCCGCUGGCGCGGGGAGCGGCUGCGGCGCCACUUCUACUGGCGGAUGCUGUUCGAGAGCGCCGACGUGAGCAUGCUGCGCCUGCUGGAGACCUUCCUGCGCAGCGCGCCGCAGCUUGUGCUGCAGCUCAGCCUCCUGGUGCACCGCGGCGGCGCGCCCGACCUGCUGCCCGCCCUCUCCACCUCCGCCUCACUCGUGUCCCUGGCCUGGACCCUGGCCUCCUACCAGAAGGUGCUGCGGGACUCACGGGACGACAAGAGGCCGCUGUCCUACAAGGGCGCCGUGGCCCAGGUGCUGUGGCACCUGUUUGCCAUCGCGGCCCGCAGUCUGGCCUUCGCGCUCUUCGCCAGCGUUUACAAGCUCUACUUUGGCAUUUUCAUUGUGGCCCACUGGUGCGUCAUGACCUUCUGGGUCAUCCAGGGUGAGACGGACUUCUGCAUGUCCAAGUGGGAAGAAAUCAUCUACAACAUGGUGGUGGGCAUCAUCUACAUCUUCUGCUGGUUCAACGUCAAGGAGGGCCGCAGCCGCCGCCGCAUGACCCUCUACUACUGCAUCGUCCUGCUCGAGAACGCUGUGCUCACCGGCUUCUGGUACUCCAGCCGCAACUUCUCCACUGACUUCCACUCACUUAUUCUGGUCUGCGUCGUGGCCUCCAGCUUCGCACUGGGCAUAUUCUUCAUGUGUGUCUACUACUGCCUCCUGCACCCUAAUGGGCCCCUGCUGGGUCCCCAGAUGCCUGGCUGCAUCUGCCCUGAGGCCCCAGGGACCUGUGGCCCACCAGCCAAUGCUGUCACAAGUCCCCCGAGGUCCCUGCCCAGGACUACAGGCGCUGAGCGGGAUGGAGCCCCCGUGGGAGGCGAGCGUGCGGGGACCCCCACACCACCUGUCUUCCAGGUGCGACCUGGCUUGCCUCUCACGCCCGUGGCCCGCACCUUGCGGACAGAGGGGCCUGUCAUUCGGAUUGACUUGCCUCGUAAGAAGUACCCUGCCUGGGACGCUCAUUUUAUCGACCGCCGGCUCCGGAAGACCAUUCUGGCGCUGGAAUACUCCUCGCCUACGACACCCCGCUUGCAGUACCGGAGCAUCGGGAUCUCCCAGGAGCUGCUGGAGUAUGAGACCACGGUGUAG